CCGCAUUCCGCCCAGGAUCUGUCAGGGUAUGCACAGCCUGGAGAAAACACAGUCGCGUUAAAGGAAAAUAACUGCCACUUGACUGACCAUUCCACGGGGGGAUAGCUGGCACAGAAAUUGAAUGGUUAAGGAUGCCGUACGUUCUCAUCAGUACCCAGAUUCGCCUGGAGACGGGUCCAACCAUGGUUGGAGAUGAGUACGCUGAUCCAGCAAUAAUGACCUACCUCGGAGCCAGGAAAACAACCAUACUGGGAAACAACUUCUCAGAGUACCACGUGGAUGAGCCUCCCCGGUUGGUUCUGGACAAGCUGGAGACGCUAGGCUACCGUGUCGUGUCCAUGACAGGGGUGGGCCAAACCCUGGUCUGGUGCUUGCACAAGGAGACCAUGUGACCACACACACACAUACACUCACUCACUCAAAACACACAGACACACAGACACACAAACACGCCAACUGUUCUCAGGUGCACAGGUCCACACGAUCGAUUGAAUGACCGCAGAGCCCCAGGCUGCACUUUACCUGUCUCUGUGGUUCCAAGCUCCUGUCAUUAUUUUGUCGUCCAUCUUUUAUAUGUUAUCUUUUUCUACAUUGUUGUCGAAAAUAUUUUUUUAGUCAGUGACUCAGUGUCGUAAAAUACCUUUUAUCUCAAGUUAUGAUUAGCUGGGAUUACUUAGUUAAAUGUAUUUACAUACAUAUAGAAAAAAAAUCAAAUGCCUGGAUACCAAACAAAGACAAAAACAACCAUUCAAUUGAACACACAGUGAGUACGGGUGAUAUAAUUUAUAUUACAGUAAAUCAAUUACAGGAAAUCAUUGUUAUGUAGAACAUUCUUAAAGAUUCCUGAAGAUCCCAAUCCUGAUGUAGCAAAUUCAGUCUGAGUGGUCAACAAGGUCACAGUGUCUCUUGUUAAUAAUGCUUAGAGAAUCAUUUCUGCAGUUUCAUCUGUGAAUGACAAUGUGCAAAGCGGAGAGGAGGGUAUCUGUUAGAACAACAAAGUUGUGCUUCCUGGCUUUGAUCUUUAAUCAUUCCUUUUAAUGCACUACUACUUGGAAUCAAGGAACGUAGUUAAUACAAGCUGUAUCCUGCCAUGUUAGUUUACAUUUUUAAGUCUUCUUCUUGAAGCAUAGAUUUACUAUAGGGAGUAGAUUUUGUACAUUGUUUAUUGUACUGGUACUGGCAAACAGAUUCAGAAAUAAAAUAAUAUUGUUAUAAA